GAUCUCAAAUCAAAUCUCAUUUUUUGUAGUGUGGAAAUUCACUUAAAAAAAAAGAAAGAAACGUUUUUUUGCUUAUUAUUUCUGGAAAAGAUGAUACGAUCGGUGAUGGUGAUAAACACGCAGGGGAAGCCUCGCCUUGCCAAGUUCUACGAAUUUCAGCCUGUGGAGAAGCAACAGGAGCUUAUACGCAGCGUCUAUGGAGUGUUAUCCAGUAGAGCUGAGAAUGUGAGCAAUUUCGUGGACGCCGAGUCUAUUUUCGGCGCGGAUACUCGCCUUGUGUACAAGCACUUUGCAACUUUGUACUUCGUCUUUGUAUUCGAUAGUUCUGAAAACGAGCUUGCCAUGCUUGACCUCAUUCAAGUUUUUGUGGAAACAUUGGACAAAUGCUUCAAAAAUGUAUGCGAGCUUGAUGUGGUCCUCAAUUACAGCAAGAUGCAUACCGUAUUGGAUGAGAUCAUUUUUGGAGGUCAAGUGCUGGAAACAAGUUCUACUGAAGUUAUGAAGGCCGUUGAAGAAAUCUCAAGGUUAGAAUCUGCCUCAAAUGCCAUCUCACUGGUCCCAAAAUCUGUUUCCGCCUGGCGGAGUCGAUAGUUUGCACUUUGCAGUUUAGAAUUAUUCGUUAUAAUGUCCGUCUUUUGAUUACACACCGAUCCUCCAAGUUUCUUUGAUAGGAAUCACUGCAGAGCUCUUGCAAUAUUAGUGCGAUGUUUGUGAAUAUUUGGAUGCUUGAUGGAAAAAGGAAAAAGAAACGCGUGACAAGCUUGAGUUA